AUUUUAAUCAGUGAGACAAACGUCAAAAUUUCCUCCUGUCCUGCCUGUGAAAGUCAUCAAUUUGUUUAUUUGUUUAUUUUUGCUGUUUCUUCAGCUUUAAAGUGGAUCUAAUUUGAAGAAUGCAGAUUUUUCUCUAGACCAGCGCCUUAAGUCGAACACCAUCAUGGACUCCUUAGUGAAGGAAUCUAGAAAAAAACACAGCCCUAAAACCUCCGCUUUAAUCCUAAGCUCACUGGAUCCUGCUAAGGUACAAACCGAGAAAACACCCAAGAAAAUUUACAAUCAACUUGCAGACGAUUUAGACGAUUUACAUUCUUUAGUAUUAGGAGCAGAUGAACCCGAAAAUAACGGAUGCAAAAGCAUCCUUUUACUAGACGACAGUGAAACUUUAUGCAUCAAAUCCGAGCAAGCCUUUCUAAAAACUCUCAAGCUAGAACCUGGAAAAAAAGUAAAAGUUGUUUCGAUAUUUGGCAACACUGGCGAAGGCAAAUCCCACACUUUAAACAAAGUGUUUUUCGAUGGAGAAGAAGUUUUUACAACUUCGCCCUCUCAAACUUCUUGCACUCUGGGUGUGUGGGCCAAAUACGAACCAAAAUUAAACGUGAUUUGCUUGGACACUGAAGGAUUAUUAGGAAUAACAAAACGAGAAAAUCAACGGGCCAGGUUGUUGCUCAAAGUCCUUGCAGUUUCGGAUAUAAUUAUUUACAGGACAAGAGCUGAAAGGCUUCAAAGGGAUUUAUAUUCGUUUUUGGGUGGUGCUUCUAAUGUCUAUAAAGAACAUUUUAGUGCAGCAUUAAGGAAGACUUUAAGUAAAACUGAUGGGGAAAAGAUUAAUCUUGGCCCUGGGGUGAUUAUUUUUCAUGAAACCCAUUACACAAACACUUUGGAUGAUUUGCAUGAUAAAGCCAGCGUUAAUCAAUCCGCUGAAGAUAUUUUAAGGCAAAAUUUUGCCGAAUUGGACUUAAAUUGUGAAGCUUUUAGCUUUAUCAAGUAUAUAGGGGUUAAAACUUCCUUACAAUCUCACACAUCAUUCGACAGAUUGAAGUUGGAAGUCCAAAAACAACUAGAAAGCUCUGAAGUGCGAUCGCCAAGAGAUGCUAAAUACAUUUACUUGAUGCUUAAAAGUCUAAACGAAAAAUUUCAAUCGCCCAUCAACGAUACAAAUCAUCAACAAUAUUUGACUCAGUUUUUCACAUGUCCUGACAAAUGUUUGUCUUGUAAAGAAGGCUGUCGCUUGUCAAUGGGCCACAAAGAAGACGGCGAAGCCCAUGUUUGCCUUGAAUUGUGCAAAUUUCAACAUCAGUAUCAGAAUUGUGUGUAUUUGUGCAAGUUGUGCCUGAAAAACGGCAACAGAGUAAUAGUGAAGCCCAGCUACCAACCAGCAAACGAAUACUCAUGGUCCUCAUACUUGAAUUUUGUUUGGUCAGGUUAUUUGAUCGAAUGUCCUAAAUGUGGCGAAAUAUAUAGAAGCCGGCAACAUUGGUACGGCAACAAAAACCCCGAAGAUGACGCCGUACAGUUGGAAACAGUGCACAUUUGGCCGGGAGACAAAUCUCAUUUUCAGGAACGGGUGCUUUUUGGUACUUACAAUAGUGCUCAGAAGGUUGUAGAUGGGGUUACUGGUAUUGCUGACGCUGUGAGUAGUGUCGGCUCGCAACCGGCAAAAUAUAUUACUGAUUGGAUGAAUGAUCGUAUUGCGCCGAGCUAUUGGAGACCCAAUCACGAAAUAAGGGCCUGUUUUAAUUGCAACAUAUCCUUCGUGAGCGGACAAAACCGAAUCGUCCCUUCCAAGCACCACUGCAGAAGCUGCGGCGAGGGAUUUUGCGAAGCUUGUUCGUCGCAAAAAUGCCCGGUGCCUCAAAAAGGCUGGACGGAUCCGGUCCGAGUUUGUGACGGGUGCUACACAGAACUUGAAGGCAGAGGCCAAAGUAUCCUAACUGGAAUGACUGGAGAAGAAUCAACCGAAGUAAGGUACAGGUACAUAAGCGAAACUGUUGCAGGAGGAAUUUCCGUUGUCAAGUCAGUUCUGGAUAUUCCUAAAGGCUUUAUAAAGGAAUCUGCCAGGCCGAGUUAUUGGACUCCGGACAUUGAAUGUAUCGAAUGCCUCUUGUGCAAACAAUCGUUCGGGCCCCUUUUGCCUUUGCACCAUUGCAGGGAUUGCGGCAAAGGGGUUUGCGACAAUUGUUCCAAUUCCAGAAAAUCGGUGCCGUUAAAGGGAUGGGACGCACCAGUCAGAGUUUGUGAUGCUUGUCGAUAAUAUUUUUAAAUUAUUUUUGGGAGAUGGUUUUUGAUUUAUUACUCUUUAUAUUUUGUACCUUUUUUUUAAAACUAACAUUUAUUAAUAGAGAGAAAUAGGUAUAGGGGAUUUAAGUUUUUUGUAACUUUUUUAUUUUUAAGGACAUUCCUCGCGUUUGUUUGAAAGCAUUUAGAUUUAUUAUUAUCAUUGUGUGAGUGCCAUUUAUUUUGAGAUUUUUAAUUUGUUAUAUUGGUUUAUAUAUUAUUAAUAAAUAAAUAAAUGAAUAAGGCCUAA